AUGAGUGUAGCAGAUACCGCAGCCUAUCGGACGGGAUGUAGGAGCCGCGGAGGCGCUUAGUGGGUAUUAUCUGUCAGUGUUGCUUUUCUUUUACUGAUACGUUUAAUCCCUUUGGAGCCAAAUAAGAGAGGAAUCCUGGAAGAAUCCGAAACCCCGCGGAUCUCAACGCGACAAGGAUGUUUCAGGACCCGCGGCAGGUGUGAGGGGAUGGCCGGGGCAGAACCUCCGGCACCGGGCACCGGCCGAGUGGUGCUGGUCAAGAAGAUGGUCAUGAAGGAUGGAGCCACGUCCCGGCAAGGUGUGGGGAGGCCCAGCGUAUAUCAUGCUGUGGUGGUUAUCUUCCUGGAGUUCUUCGCCUGGGGCUUGCUCACCACACCCAUGCUCACGGUUUUACACGAAACAUUCCCAGAGCACACUUUCUUGAUGAAUGGACUCAUCCAGGGUGUGAAGGGUUUGCUUUCGUUCAUGUCGGCUCCCCUGAUCGGAGCCUUAUCGGAUGUAUGGGGAAGACGGACCUUCCUUUUGAUCACUGUCUUCUUCACCUGCGCUCCGAUCCCUCUGAUGAGGCUCAGCCCCUGGUGGUAUUUUGCCAUGAUAUCUAUGUCAGGAGCUUUUUCGGUCACCUUCUCAGUCAUCUUCGCCUAUGUUGCUGACGUGACAGAAGAAAGAGAGAGGAGUACAGCCUAUGGUCUGGUGUCGGCCACCUUUGCAGCCAGCUUGGUGACAAGUCCAGCCAUUGGUGCCUACCUGUCGGCCUGGUAUGGGGACAGUCUUGUGGUUUUGUUGGCCACCUUGAUUGCCCUCGUCGACAUCUGCUUCAUUCUGCUGGCUGUUCCAGAGUCUCUGCCGGACAAGAUGAGGCUCAACACCUGGGGGAUGCCCAUAUCCUGGGAACAGGCCGACCCUUUCGCUUCUCUGAGGAAGGUGGGUCAGGACCCCACAGUCUUAAUGAUAUGUAUCACCGUAUUCCUGUCGUACCUGCCGGAGGCUGGGCAGUACUCCAGCUUCUUCCUCUACCUAAGACAGGUCAUCAAUUUCUCCUCAACAACCCUUGCUGUUUUUAUCGGCGUUGUGGGCAUUCUGUCCAUCGUAGCGCAGACUCUCUUCCUCACCCUGCUGAUGAGAACUUUGGGCAACAAAAACACUGUUUUAUUGGGUUUGGGCUUCCAGAUCCUCCAGCUGGCCUGGUAUGGAUUUGGAUCAGAGCCAUGGAUGAUGUGGGCAGCUGGCGCUGUAGCUGCAAUGUCCUCGAUCACCUUUCCAGCAGUCUCUGCUCUGGUCUCACAGUCUGCUGAUCCUGAUAAACAAGGUGUUGUCCAAGGCAUGGUCACCGGUAUCAGAGGUCUGUGUAACGGUCUCGGUCCAGCUCUGUACGGAUUUAUCUUCUACCUCUUCAAUGUCAAGCUCAAUACUAUGGAGCCCAUCCAGGGAGACUUCAACAUCGACCCCAUCCCUGUGCACAGUCCCACGGAGCAACCCCUCAUCCCCGGCCCACCCUUCCUGGUUGGGGCUUGUGCAGUGGUUAUUGCUUUCAUUGUUGCUCUCUUCAUCCCUGAAAAGAAGUCCUCCUCUUCUGAGCUCUCUCUCAGUGACAAGCAACACCCAGAAAGCAAAGAGUCGAUGCCGUCCCUGGCUGGCAUCCACAGUAACACCCCCCUCCCUGGCAGGGAUGAAGAGAUUCCCCCCACUGCUGGGGAUGAGGACUUUGAGCCACUGCUGCACGACAGCAUCGUUUGAAGGAAAAGUAGAUGGAUCAAAAGGAAGAGAAUCAUUUUACUAUUUGAUUUAUUUACAUUUUGUAAUAAAAGCAAAACACUUUUUGUGGCCACAUGUCAAGGAUUGUGAUUAAAAUAAUUAUUUCAUGCCAACAUUUUGGCAUUAUCUAGAGAUAAGGCUGUAUCAUUUGUGAGGUCCUUGAUGCAAAGAACUAUGAGAUGUCAUCAUGUGACUGCACAGAAAGGUCAAAGAUAUAAAUGACGUGAAUGAGGAUGCUUUUUUUUUUUAUCCUAGUCUGAUAGUCGCUCUGCCAGCAUCAUGUAUUGUUUCUCUGAUUGGUUUUAUGUCUCCAACGGUGUCCUGAGACAGUUCUUCUAGCUGGGACUCCCCAAGGACAUCAAAGUGAAAUCCAGAGGAACCAAAUCUAUUUUUUUUAAGGGAGAAGGGGUGGCCAGGCUAGGGCCUACAAGUUUAAUGGGAACUAAUGUUUCAAUGACAAAAAAGAAAUAACUAUGUGUUAAGCUUGACAUCGAUUUGUGGUUGAAGUGUUUUGGUUUUUAACUGAAUUAUUUUGAAUGUUUUAAGGCUGCCUUUUAUUUGCUUGUUGUAAAAAAAGCAACAACAAAACAUGUAUAUGACAGUCAAAAAAAUCAGUGUUGAUAUUUCCUCUUUUUUUUAAAAGAAUUGUUUUGUAAGAAUGAUUUUUAAAUGCUUUUAUUUUGUACAGUAUCUUUCAUACAAGUAGAUAUUGAUAUAAUAGUGUACUGUAUGAAUGUGACAAGUUACCAUAUGAGUCAAGCACCUGAAAUAAAACAUCACAUAUAAUAUCAAA